AUGCCGCUGAGCCGGGAAGCAGGAGCCGGGGGUCUGCAGGGCCCGGGGCCCCGGGGCCAGGGGCCGGGUCUGGGGGGCUCCGGACCCCCAGGGGCGGGUCUCUGGGGCCUGGUGAACUGGAGGCAGAGACCGGGCAGGACCUCCGCGAUGUGUGCUGCAGCCAACACGCUGCUGUGGUUUGUGGCCUUCAGCCCUCUCCGAGCCUACAGUCUCCUGGCCGUCCUGCUGGUUCUGCUGGUUGUCAUGGUGACCGUCAGAGACCUGGCUCGGUCCAGAUACACAGGAGCUCAAUCAUGGCGCAGCAUGACAGCAAGCUGGGAGAUCAUCGACUCAGGCCAGGACGGACGCUCUGGGACCGGACCUCAUCUCAGCGACUCCAUCAACCUUUUCCUCCAGGAGACUUCGGCUUUCAAACAGCAGAACCCCGGCAAGUUCUGCCUGCUGGUUUGCAGUCUCUGCACCUUCUUCGCUGUCCUAGGACGCUACAUUCCAGGGUUCGUCAUCUUGUAUAUUCUCGUGCUGGGCGUCUUCCUGUGGCCUCUGAUCUCAUCUCAUGACAUCGGUCUGUGGCUGGAGCCGGUUCUGCAGAAGCUGGACUUUGGCAUUGGAGAGCUCCUCCAGAAAAUCAAAGAAAACCAUGAGAAGAGAAUGAUGCAGACUCAGACUGAGGCGGGCGUGGAGUCCGACCUGUCCUCCAUGUUCCCUCAGCUGGACUCCACCGGGUGUAAGGACAUGUCCGUAUCGGACACCGAGGUGUCUGAGGUCACGUGGACGGACAACGGGACGUUCAACCUCUCAGAAGGACACACACCACAGACGGAGAACUCAGAGGACCUGGACAGAGAGGAAGCGUUCCUCGGUGGCCUCCAAGAAUUCCCUUCACUCGACAACGGCGCAACGACCAAUGGCGACGAUGACAGCGAUGACCUCGGCCUUCCCUUACCAAUCAAAUCCAAACAUACACCCCAUCCUCACAAAGACCUAUCCGACGACCAAGCGCUCGAAUUGGUCAACCAGAUGGCGGGAGACUUCAUCGCCGCCGCGGUCACAGCCGCCAUCCAGGAGAGAAUAGAAGCAGCGGUCGGCUUCCCGGCAUCGAGCCAGGACACGGACCGGUCCAGGCGCCGGGAGUCCACCAGCCGGCUGCUGGAGCUGGCCGAGGAGUCGGACAGCGAGGUGGAGGACUUUGAGCUGCUGGACCAGUCGGAGCUGGAGCAGCUGGGGGAACUGGGGCUGGGAGAGAAGAAGACCCCGGUCCAAGAGGAGGCCAAGACGGGCGGGUCGGCCUCAACUGGGUUCUUCAGCAAACUCCUCAGACGCCACUGACUGGUGACAGAGUUCGGUCGCAGGGCGGAGGGAGGAGUUAUGAGAAAACAAUGUUUCCAUUAAUCUUUUGACUGUAGUGCAAAGAUCAACAUCUGUAAAACAUGAAGGUGGAGGCGACUCCUUUCACACAAGGUCAAACACUGUUGAUUGUUUUAUCACAAAGAACAUAACUCACCAUAACUCAAGGUCCGUUAAGCCUUAAAGCUCUCGUGGUAGGGAGAAGAAAAUGGAGAAUAAUAUUCACGAGUUAAUGAGUCAGACGCCAUGUUGCACCGUCGUGUUUCCACAGUCGCCUGAGCAGACAACACUCUCUUCUUCUACAUGCUUGGACGAGCGUAGGGGAAUUUGCUUCUUACUCCACUAGAUGGCACUAAAAACGCUACACACUGAACCUUUAAAUUAUUGAAUUGUAUUUAUAAAUAAGUAACGAAGGUAACCAUGCUGUUCCAUCUGUGCGUUAACUCGUGCAAAGUUGAGUCUGCGUGAGCGGGAGGAAACACAGGCGACAAUAAGUUUGACCUGAGGUUGUUCAGGACUUGAUUCACCUUUUCUGACACAGUGAGUAAGAGACUGUGUUGUCUGGUCCCGGUGUCGAAGCUCUCUGAUUGGCUGAGGGCUAAGAACCUGUUUUUCAUCAGUUGCACCUCUGAUCCUAUUUGAUUGUUGAGGUUAACAAGUCAAACUAUAACGUAGUCGUAAGUAAACGAGGGCAAUUGAACAUGUGUAUCGAUGUAUAUUUAAAACUGUGUUACAUGAAUUACUCAUAAUUUAUACACUUUAAAUGUCCCUUAAAUCCUACAACUCGUUUAUAGUUUGUUAUAAAACUUUUAAUGACGACACAUUGCUGAUAAAUGCUGGGUUAAAAUACAGAGUUAGAAAUACGUGUGGCCGUUAAAAUGUAUUGACAUUAUAUUUAAAUCAUAAAGGGGAAUACAAGCUUGAGUCAAUACGUAACGUGAAGACUAUAAUAGUAUCAAAUGUGUUUUAACCGCUGAGAUGAAGAGACUUCUCCUAUCAUGUAAGAUCAUUCAAACUGAUUGGAUUUAGUUUGACAUAUUAACCACAAUCCAUCUUUUCAACAUUACACACUUCUACUGGUUGGAUUGUCGAGGUUAAAAAGUAGGAACACUUUUAUUCAACCACAACAAACUCAAAAUACUAUGCAUGCAGAUCUUAAACUUAUGAAAGCAAACAUUUUGCUUCCAGUGCUUCCACACAUCUUUGGGCACAGGUUUUGAAAGGGUGAAGGGUGUUCAGCUGCAACACGACACUUCACCACUAGGUGUCACUGAAUCCUACACACUGAACCUUUAAGUCACCUUGUCUGGGGAACUCUAACCAAUCAUGUUCAGUAAACUUUCAGGUUCUGAAUAAAAUCACAGGCCAAACAGUCCUGGUUGCUCUGGAGGCGUCGUCUCUCUCAAUCAGUGAAAGUUCUUCUUCAUGCACUUUACACUUCCCACCCACCGCCUGCCUUUAAAAACACGUUGUCCCCUUUGAGAACGUUGGAAUCCGAGAAGGAACGGGAACCGACCCGAUGUGAUUACACAAAACGCAACAAGGGCCUGCCAAGUUGAAGCUGCUUCACGUGAAGUUUCCUGCCCCUCGUGUAGUUUGCUCUGUGAUUCAAAACGAGUGUUGAUGCUCUGAAAGUUAAAUGUUGAGACGCUGGAUUCUCAUUUGCACCUUAAUGAUUAUUUAAUGAUUUACCAGGUUGAGUCUUCAUCACUGAAUGAGGAACUCCUUUAACAUGCCUUGUACCUGAAGACGUUCUUUUAAUAUCUAACACGUGCAGUUCAACGUAUCCUCUUGAAUUCAUGAUGCUGUUUCCUAACAGAACUAUAAAGACGUGUUCAUCAGUGCCUCGGAGGGCUUUGUAGCGGCUGCAGUUUCCUGUGUCGUAACCGUAAAAGACGUCAGGUUUCACCAACUCCACGUAAGAAGCUUUUCUAAGUUUCCGAUUAAUAUAUUGGUUAAUUGGUUUGUUCAUUAACCUUCCAGUUGUAUCAAGUUGGCUUCCGAGCGCCUUCAGACACAUCAUGCCCGUUUCAGAAAGUUCUUGGUGGGUCGGAACCAAUAUGCAUUAACAAAAUGUACUUUUGUGUAUUUAAACUCAAGAUCAAUAAAAUGUUGUAAAGCCA